CUUAUUCGCGCCUUCCCUGAUAUAUUAAGCUACACCGUCUCUCCGUUCCCGCCGCCUCUCAGAUCUCCCUUAAUUCUCCCUUGAUUUUUCGACGCAUUAGCGCUGUGAUAAGUUCGAGUUGGAUUCAGGUUUGUGCCUUAUCGGUACAUCCUAAAAGGAACGACCAAGCAGAAUUUAGUAUACUCGCUCCUGUUGAUUGAUUGUUAAACAGUGCAUAAAGGUUUUUGAGAGAGAUUUGGUGGCUAUAACUAUGUCUGGGAUCAUAAAUCACAAGCUGGACCCUCUUUCUUUAAAACCCUGCUGCUUGGACGAUGUAUGUUUUGCUGAAGAAAACAGUUCUUGCAAAGCUUCCUGCUUGGAGAACAGCAAAGGCUUCAGUGAUGAUAUCCCGCCAUUGAAACUUGCCGGUAGAUUCUCAGCUUCUGUUACACACUUCCAUAAUGCAGAAGCCAGUGAAUCCUCGUCCUCAGAUCAAACUAAAGAUAAGGAUCUGUCUCCAGUUUGUCAAACUCCAGCUGAAAGCAAAUUUGAUCCAUUCGCUCCUGGCCCAGAUGACUUGAUGCUUGCUCCAAAGAAGAUGAAGGGUUCCUGCAUGCCUCGUUGGCAGGUGCUGAGUCGUGAUCUUACUAUUGAUUCUGAAGAAACUGCAGAAAAUGAUUUAACCGAGGAUCCCAGUGCCGAAGAGUGCUUUUCCGAGCUGAUUUUCAGUUCAUUGCUUGAACUGAUAAUUUCAACAAAGCUUAUGGAGAUAUCUGUCAAUAACCAAGAAGUCGAUUCUGAUCAAACUGAAGAAUGCAAGACACCCACAUCUUUACCUCUUCUAACAGGCUUUGCAGAGACAUGUCCACCUGCUCCUAGGAGACCAACAUUGUUUUCAAAGAGAUUUGAUCAUAGUAUUUGUCGAAAAUUGGACUUUAAAAGUUGCUUAAACUGAAUCGUGAAGCUUCUGUCAUGGAAAUUUGAGGUUCCAAUUGAACUGAGUUUCUGCUUUCUCUUCGCUGAUGCUUUGUGAAGGCUUAAUCAGAAGUUAAAGGUUCGAGUAGCUGAAAUUUUGAAGAAGGGGCCUAAAAUACCAAGAAGUGCACUACCUUAUGACUGCUAAAGAAGUUCACCUGUGAUCAUAUUCUUAGCAAAAAAAGCGACUCUUUUUUGGAUUAAACCUUCUGACUUAUUUAAUUUAUGUAAAGAUGUAUAAGUUUGUCUUUAGUA